AUGCACCGCAAAAAGGUCGCGGUGGCAGCAAGCCCAGAGGAGAAGAGCCGCAGCGGCGGCCGGGGAGGGAAAUGCACCGCAAAAAGGUCGCGGUGGCAGCAAGCCCAGAGGAGAAGAGCCGCAGCGGCGGCCGGGGAGGGAAAUGCACCGCAAAAAGGUCGCGGUGGCAGCAAGCCCAGAGGAGAAGAGCCGCAGAGAAGAGCCGCAGUGGCGGCCGGGGAGGGAAAUGCACCGCAAAAAGGUCGCGGUGGCAGCAAGCCCAGAGGAGAAGAGCCGCAGCGGCGGCCGGGGAGGGAAAUUCACGACAAGAACUAA